AUGUCGCUGCUCCAUCUCGACACUUCAGUCAACUUUGCCCAAGGUAGCUCACCUGCAUUAGCACCGCAUGCAGGGAUGAACUACAUCGGUCGACCGAGCAUCCCGAUAGCUAGGAUUGAAGAGAAAAGGCGUCCCAGCCUCGCGUCGAAGAAAACCGUGACAGCGCGAGCUUCAGAGACCCAAGAAGAAUACGGUCUGCCCAUCAUUGCUGACAAUCAAGAGCGGGAGGGGCUUGCUGCCAUUUUGCCACUUCCUUGCCUCUCCGGCUACUGCGGCGUGGUUCGUGGGCUCGAAAGGCCUAGGCGCAAAUCUGUUGCAUGGUCGUGCCCGGUGUUCCCAUACGAGGGAGGUCCCGGCGCCUCUGCACCCCAGCGCAUCAACCUUACUUUUUGUUUCCGACACAAACUCGACACAAAUCUAUAUAAGCUUGUUCCCGGACUCCUCAUCCGCCUGCGCUGCCAAAUAAUGGCACCCUCAACGGCUUCUACCCAUCGUGACAUUGGGCCUGAAGUCGACUUGAUACCGAGAUCUGAACCCGAAAACGGACCUGAUUCCGAAGCAACGGCCUACACCGUCCACAGCCGCUCCAUUAUGAGUUCCGAAACACGCAAGAAGUUUAUCAACUAUCCUCUCCCGAUCCCGGGAUCGGUAACUGACGCAAUUAGACCGCCCAUUCCAUACAAGAAUGUCAGGAAGAGCAAUCCGCCUCUCAGAGGUUGGCUCUUGGUCAUAGCGGCUUGGGCGAUGGAAUGUCUAUGGUUUAUCAGAUCGUUCAUCUGGAGCAAUGCGGGCUUUGGAAGUCUGAGAAAGAUACGCAAGCAUAUUGAAGAUGCUGAACCUCGAUACGACCCAACCGUCCUGCCACUACCAACGGACGAAGCCAAAGACCCGGCGGUUCUCCACCGUGAAAGCGCAGUCAAGGCGAAACCACACCCCUUGAAAUACUACUCCGUAAACGACUAUCAUGAGAUGUACCUUUCAGGUGUAGUCACGCCGCUUGCUGUGGCCCGCGCUAUUCUCCCCUUGAUUCGGCGCGAUACGAACCCACCCGGCGAGCACUCCAUCGCGUGGUUUGAUACCAAAGUCUCACAGGUGUUGGCCGCUGCCGAGGCAUCUACCAAGCGAUAUAAGGAGGGGCGGUCUCUGGGUCCUUUAGACGGUGUGCCGACGGCAGUCAAAGACGAAUAUGAAAUCGACGGAUACCGAACUUGCCUUGGGUCUAGGAACGAUUAUACGACCCCAGCGGCGCCGGGCCAGUCAAUUACCAGCUGGUGUGUUAAGAAGCUGGAAGAUGCCGGCGCUGUCGUGCUCGGAAAGCUGUCGAUGCACGAAUUUGGACUUGAUACGACUGGAAACAAUCCCAUCUACGGAACACCGCGAAACCCCUACAACCGUGGCUAUUACACCGGUGGGAGCUCAUCGGGAGCUGGUUAUGCAGUUGCGACUGGUCUAGUUCCUGUGGCCCUCGGUAGCGACGGCGGCGGCAGCAUUCGCAUUCCCUCUUCCAUGUGCGGCGUCUACGGUCUGAAGCCAACCCACGGCCGCAUCUCUUUUCACCCAUGCCCAAAUCACAGCAACAGCUGCGCUGUCAAUGGCCCCAUAGCCGCUGAUAUCGAGUCUCUGGCGACCUACUUUGAGACCAUCGGCGCGCCGCACCCCGACUCUCAGUUCAUCCAGGCAUCUCCCUUUAUCCUGUCACCCAGCGAGAAGCGCGGAAAGGUCCUUGGUAUCCCCGAGGCGUGGUUUGCACAGGCAGACCCGGCUAUCCAGCGCAUGUGCCGUACCAUGAUCGCGAAGCUCGUCACUCACCACGGCUACGUCACCGUCCCCAUCGACAUUCCCUUCCUCGUCGAGGGCCAAUUCGCCCACGCCAUGACAGUCCUCACCGACGGCGCGACACUCCUGCCGGAAACCAAGAACCUGACGCCCGCGAACCGCAUCCUCCUCGCCAUCGGGCGCGUCACCUCCGCCAUGGACUACCUCCUCGCACAGAAACUCCGCGGCCUCCUCAUGCAGCACCUGGCCCACCUCUGGCGCAUGUACCCGGGCAUGAUCAUCGUCACGCCCACGACCUCGUGUGCGGGAUGGCCCAUCAUGCACGAGGGCGAGCUCACCCACGGCGUGAGCGACGGCGAUCGCACCAUCAGGUCGAUGGAGUACGUCUGGAUGGGUAACUUUUGCGGGCUCCCCGGCGUCACGAUGCCAGCGGGCUACGUGGUGCCGCACGACCAGCUCGGCGCCGGUGGCGAGGCCGGGGGCGAGGCCGGGGGCGACACCGUCGGCAAGGUGCCCAUCGGGCUCAUGGGCAUGGGCGAGUGGACGGACGAGCAUAGCCUGCUCGAAUUCGGGCUCGACGCCGAGGAGCUGUUUGCGAAGGAGAGGUGCAGGCCGCCCAACUGGAUCGACGUCAUUCAGCGGGCCAAGGACGACAUGGCUAAGAAUGGGGAGGACAGCUUGAUAGACCUUUAG